CUUUUUCUCAAUUUCCACAUCUCCAACUCGCUCUUCCACUCACUCGCCUCGCCUCGUCCUUCUCCUACCUCUUUCCACAUCCUUCCCUAAGUGUAAACCCGACCGCUCUCUUGGCUAAUGCCAAACUCCCCAAUCGCCCUUCCCUUUGCCUGAGAAUCUUGGACACCUUUUGAUUCGCAUUUCCAUGCCUCGCCUUCAUUGCUUCUUGCUUCUUCCUGCUUUCUUGUGCCUCGUCCGUGUCUUCGUCGCCGGCGAUGGUGAGGCUGAUCCGCUUUACAAGGAUUGUGUGGAACAGUGCAAGAAAUCUGGAUGUGUAGGAAAUAUAUGCUUUCAACAUUGUAAAUUCUCUUCUGAUGGAAAACCAAUUGAUGGUCCAUGGUAUAUGAAUGAACCUCUCUACCUAAGGUGGAAACAAUGGGACUGUCAGACUGACUGCCAGUAUCACUGCAUGCAGUCUAGAGAGGAAGAACGAAUGAAACUUGGUGACAAGCCUGUCAAGUAUCAUGGAAAAUGGCCAUUUCGGCGUGUCUAUGGGAUUCAGGAACCUGUGGCUGUUGCACUCUCUGCCCUUAACCUUGCUAUGCAAUUUCAUGGUUGGAUCUCCUUUUUCAUUCUUGUCUACUAUAAGUUGCCUUUAAGGCCAGAUAAGAAGACUUAUUAUGAGUACACUGGUUUGUGGCAUAUCUAUGGGAUCCUAUCAAUGAAUUCAUGGUUUUGGGGCGCUAUUUUCCAUAGUAGAGAUGUAGAAUUAACAGAGAAGCUAGAUCACUCUUCUGCUGUGGCCUUACUUGGAUUUUCCCUCCUUCUAGCAAUACUGCGUGCUUUUAAUGUGAGAGAUGAGGCAGCAAGAAUCAUGGUCGCUGCACCUUUGAUAGUCAUUGUGACAACUCAUAUCCUGUAUCUGAAUUUCUACAAACUUGAUUAUGGUUUGCACAUGAAAGCCUGCAUGGCAAUGGCUAUUACCCAUCUUCUUGUUUGGGCAAUUUGGGCUGGUAUUUCACACCAUCCAGGGCAGUGGAAACUGUGGCUGGUAGUGGUGGGAGGAAAUCUGGCUAUGCUCUUCGAGAUAUAUGAGUUCCCACCUUACAUGGGAUAUGUGGAUGCUCAUGCACUUUGGCAUGCAACGGCCAUUCCAAUAACAUACCUCUGGUGGAGUUUUAUAAGGGACGAUGCUGAGUUUAGGACCUCCGCGCUCCUCAAGAAGGUAAAAUAGUGUUGGCUUAAUGGACAUUAAAUCGGUGGGUGGAUCAGUUCAGAUCAUCAAGCUCAUGCCAUGAUUACUUAAUUACUUUUGUCGAUACAUCCCGAGUUCGUUGUCUUUUUCCUCGUGCAUGCAUUUGUUUCAAAUGCUUACCACGAUGGCCCUUUGUUUUUUUGUUCUGUUUUUCCCCCCAGAUGUGAGGGAUGCUACUUUUCUUUAUUGGAAUUUAGAUUUAGAUUUGCAUA